ACACAAUUAUCCAUAGACGACACCAAGUUUGCAGACGAUUAACAGUGUGUGGAGCCAAGGAUACGUGCAAUUUGGAAAUUUUGCUGAUGAAAUUGCAAAUGUGUUCUCAUUCUGUGUCUUGAUUAUACAACUCGUUCAUAUGGAUCAUACAGAGAGAAAGUGUGGUUGUAAAGGUAAACGGACAUGCCUGCUGUGUGAGGAAACCGCGGAUGACAAGACAUCUGCUUCUAGAUCAGACCAACAGCAUGAGAAGACCACUCCACGUGUCUACAGCUACUGCCACCACUGCAAUGUGGCACACAUGGAUGAAGGCUGGACGUCACAUCCCCAUUCAGCUGCUGAUGGUGAGAAAUGCGACUUCUCUGGUAUCUUCAUCCUUGAGAAUUUCGUCAGCGAAUCAGAGGAGAAACAGCUCUGUGACAUCAUCUACAGAACGUCGUUCAUGAAGUCGCAGUCUGGCAGAAGGAAGCAGGACUAUGGACCUAAAGUAAACUUCAAGAAAAAGAAAGUGAAAACAGGUGUAUUCACAGGAUUGCCUGACUUCAGUCAGUUUCUGUAUGAGAGGAUGAAGACUGUUCCCCAUCUUGAGGAUUUCAUACCUGUGGAACUUUGUAAUUUAGAAUACGUACCAGAGAGGGGAUCAGCCAUUGAUCCACAUUUCGAUGAUUUCUGGCUGUGGGGUGAGAGACUCGUGACCUUGAACUUGGUUUCUGAUACAACGCUGUGUUUCACAAGGGAUGAUAUGCUGGGUGUCGAGGUUCAUGUGCCUCUGUUGCAGCGAUCUUUGACAGUUGUGUUUGGACCGGCCCGAGCUGAGUGGAAACACGCCAUUCAUCGACAUGAUAUUAAACAGAAACGUAUUGCCAUGACUUUCAGGGAACUCUCAGAUGAGUUCAGAGGUCAGGGAAAAUUGGUAUCCACUGGACAAAAGUUAAUCGAUGUGGCCUUGACCUUUACGGGCACUGCAGUCGGAUCAGCUCCGGCUUGAUUGUCUAAUUCCUUCAGGUUUGUAUUGUUGCCAUGGUUACCACAAGUCUUUCUGUGCCUAAAACCUAUUGCAAAUGAAUUUUAUACCAAAUUGUGUAUAGCCUUCAAAUUUAUUGAAAUUAAAUUUAAUAUACUGUCA